AGAUCCCAUACCAGACAUCGUGCUUUCCUGUUGUUCCAUCAUUGUCCCCCCUUUCCGACGGUUUUCCCAUGGUCGCAUUCCCUAUAUGAAGCCUUACCGCCCGACACUGACAAAGGAACUGUAAAGGAACGACCGCAAUGGCUCCAAAACGCAAGAGAUCCAACACGGCGACCAAGAAGCAGGACGCAGAGAAGGUGAACCCAGCACUUGACGCCGCCCAGCCCUCGUCACGAGACGCAUCAGAGGAGGACGUGGCAGAUCCCAUUCUGCAGGAGGUCAAGGACGCGAAGGAGGAGCAAGCGCCCUCCUCGAAGCGUAGCCGCACGCACAAUGGCCCCUCCGAAGACCUGGAUCGAAGCGCCGAGAUAGAGGAUCGAUUGGAGCAUGGUGAAGGUGGGGAGGCCGGUACGAUGAGGAUGCCGGAUCCUCCUCGUGCCGGUCUGGUCGAUCCCAAAGGAUAUCAUACUAACCCUCCACCGGUUGGACGGCCGGUCAGGGUGUACGCUGACGGAGUGUUCGACCUCUUCCAUCUAGGACACAUGCGGCAGCUGCAGCAAGCAAAGACGGCUUUCCCCAACACAUAUCUCAUCGUCGGUGUCACCGGUGACAAGGAGACGCACAGAAGAAAAGGCCUGACCGUUCUUUCCGCCAAGGAACGCGCAGAGAGUGUUAGGCAUUGCAAAUGGGUGGACGAAGUCGUCGAGGACUGCCCGUGGAUCAUAUCUGACGCACCUGAGUUCAUGGAGAAGUACAAAAUCGACUACGUCGCGCAUGACGACAUCCCGUACGGUGCUGACGAGGGCGACGACAUCUACGCGCCCAUCAAGGCGGCUGGCAAGUUCCUGGUCACCCAACGAACGGAAGGAGUGAGCACGACGGACAUCAUCACCAAGAUCGUGCGCGACUACGACAAAUACGUUGCACGACAGCUAAAACGUGGUACCUCCCGUCAAGAUCUCAACGUGUCUUGGCUCAAGAAGAACGAGCUCGACUUCAAGAACACAUUCACCAAUCUACGCGACAACAUCCGGAGCAACUGGCUCACGACUGGCCAAGAGCUCGGCAAGGACAUCCGCCAGCUCCUGCAGUCCAGUCGCCCCGCCAGCCCCGCUCCUGCCCGAUCGCAAGACAGGCGCGCAAGCGAAGACGCGACAACGUCCCUUCGCUCUCCCACCGCACUGUCGCACUUGUCCCACCUGGACGUGCCAAACGGCGGCUCAAACAGCGGUUCGCCGCAGCAGCAGAGGGAUUUCGCCACCGGCUACGCGUUGGGUCUGGUGGGCGGCGUGAGGAACUGGAUGAGGAGAUCCAGAAGGACCCUUACAGCGGAAAGGGAAGACUCCCCAGACAGCGAUGACGCCAGCGUCGUGUCACCCACCAGGAGUCCUCAGCUCGGCUCGCACGACGAACCGACGUUUGAGCGUGGGAGGACAGGAAGGAACGUGCAGGACGAGGUCAACGCACAGGUUGCGAGUGAGAUGAAGUAAGGAAACUCGCUCCGGCAAUAGGUGAGAGAGAGGUGGUUGUGGGGGGAGGAGGGUCGUUCGACUCUUUGGAGAAAUCGGCGUCCUGGUCGACGGGUCAAGGUCAACUUUAGGCGCAUGCUCACGUGAGGGACCGAGGACAGCGACCCCCUCCCUCCUGCCCCAGACUCCGCUCUAAUACUUGUUCGGCCGUGUUCAACUGUGAGGUUUUGGAGAGCGGUUGAAAAAAAAAUGAGCGUAUUUGGUACACAUUCUUGUAAUACAAAAAAGUUUUGACAUUUCCCUUAUGGCAAGCGCUGCACGACUGCACAUAGACGUAGACUUGAGGUGGGAGGUCCGCGGUUGUACGUUUAGCUCGGUUUCGAUCCAUGUUCAUUGUGCUUUCUGAUCUCGAGA